ACAGAAAAGUCGAGACGCCCUGACUCUGAGUUAAUGCGUUUUGACAAUUGGGGAUGUCUCGAUAUUUUAUUUUAGUUGUCUCUCAUUCCUUGCUAAAAACAGUGAAAAGUUCAUGAAAGUAUAGGACAUUUCAGGGUCACCUUCUUCAAUCAAACUAUCAAAGAGAGGAUCCUUCCCUUCCUUUCCCCUCUUCCCUUUUUUGUCUUCCCUCUUCAUGGAUCCCAAGAACCCCAAAAACCCACAUGAAAUCCCCGAUUUCUUGACCCAACAACAACAGCAGCAGCAUCAACCACAGAACAACAUGGGAGGGAAAAAACCAGCAGAAGUCAAGGAUUUCCAGAUUGUGAUUGCAGAUAAAGAAGAGAGCAAGAAGCAGUUGGCACCGAGGAGGACCUCAAACAAAGACAGACACACAAAAGUUGAAGGUAGAGGAAGGAGGAUAAGGAUGCCAGCGCUUUGUGCUGCUAGGAUUUUUCAAUUGACGAGGGAAUUGGGUCAUAAAUCUGAUGGAGAAACUAUACAGUGGCUGCUACAGCAAGCUGAACCAUCGAUUAUUGCAGCAACAGGUACUGGAACAAUCCCAGCCUCUGCUUUGGCGGCUGCGGGUGGUUCUGUUUCGCAGCAAGGGGCCUCUCUUUCAGCAGGACUUCACCAUCAAAAGCUGGAUGAAUUGGGUGGGUCCAGCAGUGGUAGGACAAAUUGGGGAUUGGUAGGUGCCAAUUUGGGGAGACCCCAUAUUGUGGGAACUCCUCCUGGGUUUUGGCCCCAAGUGGGUGCUGGUGGUGCGUUUGGAUUUCGGUCACCACCUAUAACAACAUCUUCUGCUCCAUCAACAGAAAAUUUAGGGAGUGAAAGUACAAAUUAUAUGCAAAAAAUUGGGUUGAGUGGCUUUGACUUGCCAGUUGCUAAUAUGGGUCCUAUGAGUUUUAGCUCAAUUUUGGGUAGUAAUCAACAGUUGCCUGGACUGGAGCUUGGGCUGUCACAGGAUGGGCAUCUUGGGGUUCUGAGCCCUCAUGCUUUGAGCCAGAUUUAUCAGCAGAUGGGACAGGCUAGAAUGCACCAGCACCAGCAGCCACAUGUACAAGACCAGCACCAGCACCAGCACCAGCAGCAACAUCAACACCAGCAGCAACAAGGUUCAGCUAAGGAUGAUUCCCAAGGAUCAGGACAGUAGGCCUAAAGCAGUCCUUUGCAUUGUUUAGAGAAAAAGACUGAGUCUUUCUUGUAAUGGAUUUCUGUAUUUUAUAAUUGGAAGAAAAAAAAAACCUGAGAAAAAAGAGACGAGAGAGAAUUUUUAUAGGAAUUGGAUUUUGGUUUUGCCCCUUCCUUCUUCUCCACUUGCUGACAUUCAUGUUCAGGUGGAAUUGCUGCACAGACAAAUAGCUUUGAGUUUGGGCUUAACUUCUUGUUUAAUUCAGAGGUGUGUGUAUUAUAGUGUAAGGCAUCUUUUAAUUAUUUUGUUGCUUUUCUUUUAGGUUUUUUUGGGGUGAUGAUCAGUUUGUUUGUGAGAUUAAACAUGGAAAUUCCAUACUUGUUUCAAUUUCUCUUAGAUGUAGCGAGGUUUCUUAUUUACCAAUCUUA